ACCACUUAGCUGUGCCUGGCCAUCGUUUCUUCUUCAAGACACUCAUCGAUGUCUCGCCCGCCGCUGAGCUCGCUUUCUACUUAUCCGCCCGGUCGUCCCAUACGCUCAUUUCUCUUUCCUUAAGGGUUUAUCAACCUCGUCAUACGUCUCGUUCUUCCCUAUCCGCCUUUUUUGUGCUUCUUUACAUUUUUCGGACAGCAUAUCUCGGUCCUACCAGAUCGAUUGCUUCCUGCCCUUCCUUUGGAAUAUCUGUACUUGCCAUCACGGUCCUUGCUUCCGGCGGAUAGACCCUAACCCUCCGUCCAGAAAUCGUAGUAGACAGCGUUCGACGCCAUUCUCACGCUGUUGCCCUGUCACUCUUUGACGAGACACCUUGAAGUCAAACUCCUUGAAAGUAUAGCACUCCCCGCGCUGCAUUGUCGGCCACUCUAGCGUAAUCACUAUUGCAAGUCAAGCGUCCCACAGGACUGCCGCCCGUCCCAGCCAAAGAAAGGUAGAAGCGUCGUCUGAGCAAUGGAGGGCGCCUACGCUGUUCACCCUCAGCCGUUCGUCGGUCAAUCGCCUUUCUUCUACUACAAUCCGGACCCAAGCCCCGAGAAUCGCCAGCACGGUCACUUCACCCAGCAGCCACAUGGCCUUGCUCACCCGCACUCCUAUCCGAGUCAAGAAGCAAUUGCUCUGUAUUCCCAGAGACCCACGACCGCUUGCUCGCAGGCCCAUGCUCCCAUCAUUCAAUACACACACAGAGGCGUCAUGACUCCAGUGCAAUCUCCACAGCCCAUGUAUCAGAAGCCGCAGAUGCUCGUUCACGAGAACGAGCAGUAUUUGCUACCUCUAGAUACGGACUGCUAUCCACCAUCAACGCCCCCACUGUCAUCUUCGGGAAGCGCUGUGAGCACUCCUCCAUCGAGCGCUGAAGUGCUGCCAACACCAAUCAACGGUAACUUUGCGGGUCACGCCAUAGAGGGUGUGAAGGCCGGUUGUGAGGAGGAAGUGUUCUCAGAAAUUCUCGCUGGCGACAAUUGGGGAACUGCCUCACCGCCUCUAACGCCUGUGUUCGUCCAAUCCGGUGCAUCCGCCCAACAGCCAGGGUCCUACCUCCUUUCUACGUCCGAGUGCCCGUCACUUUCUCCUUCUCCCACGCCAGCACCAGCCAGUGGUUCUUCUGACAUUGAGACAAGCUUUUGCGAUCCCCGCAAUCUGACCGUGUCUUCGGCGUCGGAUUUCCCCAGCCUGCCCACGCUCUGCCCUGGUGACGAGGAGGCCCAGUCAUUGAUGCUCAGGGGCGAGCUUUUCACACCAAAAUCUGAAGAGCACAGGAUCCCCACACCGCAGGAAUUCCUAGGCAUUAGUCACGGUCUGCCAACAUUCGAGCCACUCUUCGAGCUGGACACUGAGGAAGACUCCGCUCAACCACACUUUCCUGUCACUGAGAACGUUCAUUAUCUUGGGAGCAAGCGUCAACGAACUGAUCUUGCUGGGAUCCAUUGCGAGGAGGACUCGUUGAUUGGCGACGAGUCUCUCGACGGCUUCGAGGCUGAUCUUGCAGCCCCUGGCCUUCUGACUCCCUACGACACUGACGCAUCUUUCGAUGACAUGAAGCCAAGGUCUCGAAAGCGACCGACAAAGCGUAACUCGAGGACUGACGAAGAGAUUGAUUCCGACAUGCAGUCAUCAAAGGACGUUAAAAGCCGCGCUGGCUCGUCUAGCCAACAAGGUCAACCUCAGGAGACCUCGGAAGAGGCUGCCGUAGAAACGGACGAGAGUGGUCACACCCCACCGACUCCUCAACCCGUCAGUCGACGUGGCCGUAAGCAGUCGCUAACAGAGGAUCCGUCUAAGACCUUUGUCUGCAACCUUUGCUCACGCAGAUUCCGUCGCCAGGAACACCUCAAGCGCCACUACAGGUCUCUGCACACGCAUGAGAAGCCUUUUGAAUGCUCCGAUUGCGGCAAGAAAUUCUCACGCAGUGACAACCUUUCCCAGCACCAGCGCACCCACGGUACUGGCUCUAUUGUCAUGGGCGUCCUCGAUGGCACUCAGCUGGCGAUGCCACUGCACUACGACCAGUAUGCCCAAGACCCAAGCGCCCUUGGAACUAACCUCUACGAUGCUGCUAUUGCUGCCGGUGCCAACAUGAGCAGCUCCUCCUCGCAGGGCUCUCUAUCUGAUCGUGACUCGUCCCAAGAGCGCAAACAGAAGAAGCGAAAGCGAGACGAGUGAACCAGAAUCAUUCAAGGGGUGAUUUGCAGAGAGCAGGUGCCACACUUUACGAACGUUCACGACAUCGCUUGAAAGCUAGACAAUUACUUGGCUGCAUCAUGUUUCACGACCUUGGGAGGCAAAGGGUAGACUCAUCGGCAUUGGAAUUCUUUUUGGAGUUUAUUAUUUUUUUAUUUUCAAACUCCUGGCGCAACGAGGGGGAAGAGUGUCGCCCGAUGAUCACCCAAAAGUUCACUUCACUUCUACCUGUGUAUCAUCUUCAUUCAUACUUCCUCGCCAUUGUCCACCCCGGUUUUUUUUAUUUACUUUGCGCGGUGGCUUCAGAGGAAUUUUGGCUUUGCAUUCUGGGCGCUUUGAGAUCAAAGGCGAAGGACGACGCUACGCGCUGUUUCGACAAAGAUUGUAUCAACAUUUUUUGGGACUGCUAAUGGCCUGCGACUUUUGGGGGCCGGCGACAGUACACUUUGUGUACGCACCAUCUUUUCUUUCGUUUUUCUCCAAUUCUUUUGUGCGCAUUAUUGUAUCUUUUUUUUACUCUAGGCCGCUUUUCAGAACACUCCUUAGUGCUGGUCACGAACGAGUUAGUAGUAGCCUUUCAAGCUGAAUAAAGAAAUAAAAACUAAACACUGUUUAUUCAUAUCAA